UGCCGUUGUACUCGCACUUGAGUACCUCGGCGAUUGGGUACCGGAAUCUAAUGGGGGAGGAGGACCCAUUUCGUAAUCACCAUGGGACUCCCACGGUGAUCACUCGGCCGGAGUUCCGGCGGUCGAAGAGCGAUAUUAGUUCCAUGGUGGGGUCGGCGGUUCGAAGCUCGGAAAUGCUGGGAAAGGGGACAAAAUCCAGAGCAAGUUCUAUGGUGAAUGGGUCGGAGAUUACGCAGAAGAACAAGAGAAAGGGGAGAUCCAAAUCAAGCUCGAUGAUCAGUGGGUCCAUUACGAUCAGAAGAAGAGAGAAACCCAGGAAGGCUAAUUCGAUGAUCAGUGGGUCAAGCUCUGUAAUGGUAACCAAGAGGGAAAAAAUCAAACAAUCCAGCAUUUUAAGCGGCUCUGAAGUUUACCCGGAGCCACCGCCGGAAAAACCAGUCCAGAAAAUGAACACCGGCGACUCUCCGGCAUGGAAAAAGCCAUCCCAAGAGAAACCCAUUUCGAAAUAUGGUCAAGAAACGCCGAAUUCGAGGUUCGAUAAAAUGCCAUACGCCACGCCGCUCAGAACUCCACAGAGGCUAACCGGCGGCGGCGGCGGCGGCGGCGGCGGUGGUACUGCCAGAGCAACACCAAUGCACGAGAAAUAUGCGACACCGAGAAGAUCAACGCCGAUGAACGGGAAAUCAUCUUACCAUAAACACAACGAAUUUACCUAUACAACGCCGAGGAAAUCAUUUUUAGGCGGCGCGUUUUUGACGGAAUCGGAGCUUGGUCCGUCACCGUCGGAAGUAGCUGCACAAAUGGCGACGCAGAAAACCGACGACAGCAACGAAAGCUCGAUUGUUGGUGGGUUGAGCCUAAACGACAGCGUUGAGGGUCUACAGUCGAAGCUGGAGCGGUGGCGGACAGAGCUUCCACCGGUGUACGACCGCGGCGAGAUUACAAGCUUUCCGCCGAGCGAAGACCAUCCCGAACGUCGUCAUAGCGACGGCGGCGGUUUAUUUUCUUGUUUCAGCAACAUUUGCGGCUGCGAAUGCUCCAUCGUCUGCGGCGGAUCGCCAAAGACACCAAAGAAACCCGCCAACGGCCGUGUUACGCGUAGCCCGUCGGCCGGCCAUUUGAGCUUCGUGUAAAAAAAAAAUGGUUAGAAGACGAACCGGUGAAGGUCGGGUUGAACCCAACCGGCCCGCACCGAAUUAAAAUCAAACCGUAACGUAACGAAACGCAGCGUUUGGUUUUUGAAAAAGACAAGUUUGACCCUACAGGAUAAGGAGGAAAGACAAUUUAGAGAGACAGCCAGGCAGUGUCAGUCACGUCAAUCUACAAUACGCCAUUCUUUCUCUAAACUUGUUUUGGAUUAUUUAUUU